AUGACGCAUUUGGACGACCACAACAUGGUGAUCACGUUUGGGGACUUUUCAGUGGAAGAGACGCAAAAGGCAUUGGCGGAUGCAGCUGCAGACAUUAAACACUCACCAAAACAAGUCAAUGGAACCCAUAAAUCGUGGGCUGAAGCAUUAGGUGCUCCCAAGCUACAGCUGAACCAAAGUAGUACCCCUUGGGCUACUGCAGCUAAUGUCAAUGGAAGUAUGGUAACGAAUCAAGUGAAGAAAGAGCCGAUUAAACCGCUGCCAUUCGAAGAGGCAGUUCAGGAAGCGCUGAAGAGUCUUGAUGUAUUAGCACCCGCUAAGGAAAUGAAGAAACGAGGAUUGGUAAACCAAGGAAAUACAUGCUUUCAGAACGUAAUUAUGCAGUCUGUGCUAGCUUGUCCGCCGUUCUUAAAUUUAAUGACAGCUAUAUCGGCUGUCAGUUCCUCGACAGCAGAAAUGCUAGCAACUACGUCAACUUUUAAAGCAUGGCGUCAUAUGGUGGCAUUUACACGCGAAUUUGAAGAGCCGACAUUGACACAAUUGCAUUCACAGACUGCUAGCACCGAACGUAGCUCCAACGCAAAUGGAAAGAUACGUCAGGCAAUUCGAAUAAGCGGCUUUUUCAUGGACGUCUUGAGUGCCUUUCAAACAAUCCAAGGCGAACAAGAAGAUGCACUAGAAUUUUUGGAGUUCUUUCUUGAAUAUCUUCACAACGAGUACGACCAAAGUGGUCUUGAGCUACCAAUUUCGUGCGAAAAACAGACGAAACGCAAAAAUCCGGUAGCCAAACAUGAUGAUGCCUUUUUACAGACUCAGACUUUUGAUGAUGGCUGGGCUGAAGUUGGGAAGAAAGGCAAGAGCAGUAUGUUGCGUCAAAAUCCCGUUGAUAACAUCCGAUCGCCAAUUAACUGGCUAUUUAAAGGCACGCUGCGCUCAGAACUUAAACAAUCGGGCAAGCGACAAAGCUCGAUCACUAUCGAGCCAUUUCAUUGUUUGCACUUGAAUCUGGACUAUGAACUGCAGGAAUCUUUGACGGUCAAUGGUUCAGCGAAGCCAUUUAGCAGUGCAAUAACGAUUGAGGAGAUGAUUCAGGUGUCAUUUGAUGUCGAAGUGAUUGAAGAUGUCAAUGAAAUUCCAACAAUGAAAAAGAUCACGACAGUCGAGUCGCUACCUGUAGUCUUGACGUUAAGUGUUAAACGAUUCACGUAUCAUCCAGAGCAAGGACCCGUGAAGCUUCAACAAUUUGUGAAGUAUCCACCAUUUUUAGAAUUUCCAUCGAAAUUUUUAUCCACGACUUGUCGAGUAGAGAAUGGCAUGGAUGCCUCUGGUGAUGCAGCUGUCAGUGGUGCAGGUUUCUCAACUCCUCCAAUGUACGAACUCUUUGCUGUGGUGUCGCAUCUAGGCAAGUUUGUGGUAGGGGGCCAUUAUACGUGCGUAUGUCGUGAUAACAAGGAUCAAUGGUUUCGGUACGAUGAUGAACAUGUGACCUCCAUCUCUGAAGCCACGGCACUAAGCGAAACCGCAUAUUUGCUCUUUUAUAUUCGGACAAACAAGCGACGAUCCCCUUCAACACGACUUUCUUCAAAUUCAUCAAGUGUCAAGGACAAGAAUUUGAGCGGAUCAAAACAAAAGAUUGUCGAUGAAAAUGUGAAGACUUUGGGCGGCAAAGGCAGAAAGCAAUCUUCAAUAGCGGCACCACUUCACACUUCACGACUUAUCCCCGGGAUGUCACCCAGUAAACAGCUCGAAGGACUCAAACCAAAGUCAAAAAAACAAAGUAAGAAGAAAAUAUGA